AGAAAAGAGCUAAUCAUUUAUCAACAAAUCACUUACACUCACUCUCAAACGCUACCUUAUCAAGCUUCAUCUUACUAUUCAAACCUCAAAUCUCUACCGAUUCAGAUUCCAUGUCGCCGCGUAACUGAUUUCACCAUUUCCACCAUUGACAUUCAGGGUUAGGUGAUGUAACUACCUAAAGAGACGAGUUGUUGUGUGACAGUUGUCGUGUGAGUCAAUGUAACGUGCGUUUGUUCCUUAAUCCUUUGUUAGCAAGUGCUUUUCUGUUCCUUAACUAAGUGCUUUUUCUCUUAACCGUCACAAACCUUUUAUCUUCACCAAACAAAAAUAGUAGUAUGAAGAGGUUACGUAGCCACAUUUGUAUUCAUAUCUUUGUGUUAAUCGCUGUGUGUCUCUUCACCUAUUCAUCCAGCUCCAAGAUAGGAGAAACUUGUGGAACAUGUGAUGUUGGUCUUACAUGCCAAACAUGUCCUGCAAAUGGGAAUACACGACCCAGAUGUAGCAGAAUACAAAGUUUAAACCCAAUUACCAAAGUGAAGGGUUUGCCGUUUAAUCGGUAUUCAUGGUUAACGUCGCAUAAUUCGUUUGCUUUAGCUGGAGUAAGAUCAGCCACAGGGUCCAUUAUCAUUGCUCCUAUGAACCAAGACGACACGAUUGCUGAUCAACUUAAAAACGGUGUUCGAGGAUUUAUGUUAGAUAUGUAUGACUUUCAAAAUAGCAUAUGGCUGUGUCAUUCUACUCAAAACCAAUGUUUCAACUUCACUUCCUUUAUACCUGCAAUAAAUGCGCUUAAAGACAUGCGUUCGUUUCUAGACAAAAAUCCAUCUGAAAUAAUCACAAUCUUCAUCGAGGAUUAUGUCAAAUCUCCUUCAGGCCUAACUAAGCUCUUCCAAGCUUCAGGGAUUAACAAGUACAUGUUUCCUCUUGCUCGGAUGCCCACGAAUGGUGAAGAUUGGCCUACCGUUGAUGACAUGAUCCAGAAGAAUCAACGCUUCAUCGCCUUCACCUCGAAAGCUUCCAAGGAAAAAUCUGAAGGCAUUGCUUUCCAGUGGAAAUAUGUAGUAGAAAACCAUUAUGGAGAUGAAGGCAUGCAUGAGGGUUCUUGUUCGAACCGUGGAGAAUCGCCACCAAUUGACUUAAAGUCUAGGUCACUGGUUCUGGUUAACUAUUUUCGUUCUACUCCAAAUCGUUCUCAAUCCUGUGCUGAUAAUUCAGCUCCAUUACUUAACAUGAUAAAGACUUGUCAUAAAGCAGCAGGCAACCGAUGGCCAAAUUUCAUCGCUGUUGAUUAUUAUCAGAGAAGUGAUGGAGGAGGAGCAGCAGAAGCUGUUGAUGAAGCAAAUGGUCAUCUCACAUGUGGAUGUGACAACAUUAACUAUUGCAAGGUUCUGGCAAAUGGUACGUUUGGUGCAUGUGAUGUUCCUCUAAUUUCUCCACCUCCGCCUGCUGCAGAAGCUGCGCCAGAUGGAAACAAACAGACCCCUAACAAUAAUCAGACAAACAGUGCAUGUAUUGGUAGAACAGCUAUGAUGAUACAAAGAGUUGUGUUAAUUUUGGUUGCCACAACUUUCUUGGCAUUUUUAUGAAAUUUUCACUAGUUUGGCAGUGUUAAUAAUCAUGUGAAAAUAUGUAUUUAUGUAACCAGUAUUGUACCCAUUGAGUCAUUUCAUUAUGAGGAUUAUUGUAUAGAGUGUAUGAUUGAUUUGAUUUUUGGAAGACCAAAAACAAUUUUAGAGUUGAAGAUUUGAUUUUGAAGUGA